GUCUACUUUCACUCAAAGGAUGGUUGGUGAACCCCACAAGUGGAAGGAAGGUGCAAAUCACAAGACAAAAGGGGAAAAUCCUGAUUUUGGUCUAUACUCGGUCGAGUAUUAUCUAUACUCGAUCGGGUAUAAGGUUGAAACUUCAAAUCAGAUCGAAUCCGAAGACAAAGGAACAUGCCGGGAAGAUUUUGACCACGAUUCAUUGUCUAUACUCGAUCGGGUAGACCGACAUACCCGAUCGAGUAUGCCUUUGAGUUUAAACCCGAAAUCGGUCGAGUAUGGCUCGAAUAUCACUUUCUACACAUACUCGACCGAGUAUGAAUAUAUACUCGAUCGAGUACACCUUUGAUUUUUAAGCCAAAAUCGAUCGAGUAUACCUCGAAUCUGGCAUUUCACACAUACUCGAUCGGGUACUAUGUAUAUACCCGAUCGAGUACUCGAGUCCCAUCCCAAAAACCUAUAAAUACACCCCCUUUCCUUCACAAUAGAUCACCAAUUCACAUAUACUUCUUAGCUCAGUUUAGACAAGUUCUUUCUUUAUAUUUUUCAUCAUGUUUAGUCUCCAAAUGAGGAGCUAAACUCUUCCAUCUUGGUUUUGCUCCUUUGAAGCUUAAUGAAUUUGUAAGUUGUGAGUUAUUAUCUUUAAUCUUCUUCCUUGAAUAUUAAUUCUUUCUUUAAAUACUAUUUCUAUAUCAAUGUUGGGGAGUGUUACUAAGAUGACAAUUAGUUAACAUCUUGACAUUAGUUAUAGUAAUAGUUAUUUCUUCCUCUACGUUAAUAUCGGGGAGUGUUACUAAGAUGACAAUUAGUUAACAUCUUGAUAUUAACUAUAGUAGGAUUCAUCUUCUUUAAUAUUCUUUCUUGAGUAUUAAUUAAUUCCUAUUCAUAUUUCAUAUUAAUAUUUUGAACAUUACUUAAAGGAUCAACUAGUUUUGUUUCAUAUAUUAAUUAAUACUAGAAUCGGUCGAUUAAUACGCUUGUUAUUAAUUCGGUCCUUUCACGGUAGUAAACUUGGAUUAUUAAUGCAUGCAUCUCAUGGUCAAUAAUCUAAGGGGAAUUAAUUACAUUGAUUAACCAACAAACCGCUUGUGUUGAGGUUAUCAAUCUCAAUCGUUUUCAUCUUAAGUUUAUUGCAACUAUCAAAGUUAAUAUACGGCGCUUGUUCUAUAUUGACUCGAUAGUAAGUUUUAUUAAUGAACGCAUCUCGUUAUUAAUAACUACCCUCGAUGAACUGGAUAUACUCCUCGAUUGAGUAUUCGAGAGGAAGAUAGUUAAAGAUAUGACCGGGAUCAACGAACAUUUCAUUAAGUGGAUAAAAGCAAAACCAAGUCUUCUUCUCAUUAAUUAAACCACAUAACUCGUUCAUCUUUGUGUUUUAAUAUUCUAAAAAGUUCUUCAACAACAAAUCUAAAACCCCCCUUUAUUACUAGUUAUAAAAAGAUAAGUAUUCCUUUCCCUGCGGAUACGAACCUUACUACGCUAUACUACGUAUAAGUGUUGUAUUGUAUUAUUUAUUUUGAGUGCACCUCACGACAAGUGCACGUCAGCAUUCAAAUGAAUUCUUGAAGAUAACUGCCCAGUUAAAAGCGCAGUUAUCUUCAAGAAUUCAUUUGAAUGCCUUCCCAAUUGAAUUGUUAGCUGAAACUUGAUAUGAGUCAACUAGACAUAAUGAAUAAGAUGGUAAAAAAAAUCAUCAAAAAAUUCCACCGAGAGCCACUCUAAAUGGCGAAGGCCGGACAAAGCCUCAUAAAUAAGGCCUUAUUUGACUUUUUUUUGUUAGUACCUGACCUUAUUUGCCCAUUUUCCCUUAGCUUUAUCAAACAUAUUUUUAGCAAACAUUUUCUUAUAUUUUUAAUUUUUUUUUAUAACUCAAUAGAUUUUAUUAUUUCAACUAAAAUUUCACCAAUUUUAGCGGAUUCAAAUAAUACUAGUUUACCAAAUUGGCCUCUUAGUUUUACAACAUGUAGAAUGACUCAAAUGAUAUUUUAGUCUUAGGAUGUUUAUGUUUGAACUGAUUUUAAUCUCAGACCAAAACAGACCAGAUCUGAAAAUUUCAGUCCAAUUUUUUUUUAGUAUAUAUGCAGAAAAAAUAAUAACAAAAAAUAGCAGUAGUAUAGCAAAUUAAGUAAAUCAGAGUGAAACAUGCCAAUUAUGAUCGAGAAGACAUGUAACUUAAUAACUUGUGGGUCAAUGAAUGAUAAAUCAAGCAGAUACGUAUGAAACUAUGAAUCCUCUUCGACCAGGCCGGCUUACGUGCUCAGUAAAAUCUAUCAAUAAUGUCAUCAUCAAAUACAUCUAUGAACGGGCCAAGGCAUGAGCGUGGAAAAGAGGUAGUACUUCAAUUAUUGGCAGACAGAAGGAGGAUUCAAGAGUUAACAACUUAUAUAAAUAACUUUCGGAUGAAUACCCUAUGGGAGAUGGACAAAAAGCUGCUAUGUAUCAAGCUGAAAGGGAACGACAUAGGGUGAUUGAUCAAGAGCAAAAAAGAGAAGUCAUACUAGCCAAUCAAUAUGGCUUGAGUAAUGCGAUAAUACAAGAUGAUUUUGCUCUCUGAUCUUUUGUGGCAGAGUACUUUCCAUAUUAGUCAUUAACGAUGCUUCGAAUUGAUAAGUGAUAAUCUACUACUCACUUAUUAGCAAUAAGUAAUAGACUAGUGCGAGUAGUACUUUUUAUAUUUAUAGUUAAUUAUUACUUUAUAAUUAGUUCGAGCUGUUUUUGGUACGUAGUGCACUUGAUUAAUUAUAAAUUUUUAAUUUUAUGUUUGCCAUCCACAUAUAUCUAUAUGAAUACGAGUAUAAAUUUGGUA